UAUAUCAAAGGCAAAGAUAUUAACUUGGGAACUGUCCUACGAAGUAAGUUUCCAGAAACCUGGAUAUGGGAAACACACACAGUAGGGACAAGUGGUGAAAUUCAUUUGAGGCGUGAGAUACCCGACUCGAUGACGUCAUGGAUUACAUCAGUAUUUGCGACAAAUGACCAGAGCGGUUUCGGAAUUGCAGAAAAUAUACCCAAGAUCACUGUACGAAACGAUUUCUUUAUUACGAUGGACCUCCCAGAAACAAUCGUACAAGGAGAAGAAUUCCUUCUGCAAGUUACUGUAUUCAAUUAUCUUCCAAGUACGCAACAGGUCUCUGUCCAAAUUCAACAUUCGGACGACAUGAAUCAUCCUAUACCGGCUGCAAGUAUAACAAUGGUGGACUCAAUAGGAAACACAAUUGAUAGUUUAAUUCUUCUUUCGUUACAAUUAGAGGUAAAUUCCGGAGAAGGUAAAUCUACUUAUGUGCACUUUACUCCAACUUCAACUGGCAGCAUUACACUAACUGCGGAGGCUAGAGCAGGGGAUCUCCUCAGAGCUGCUGCAGUUGAUCAAGUACAAAAACAAGUGGAUGUCGUGCCAUACGGGAUUAUUAAAAGGGAAAACGUUCAGGAACUCGUAAAUUUGACUCAUGGAUCGAGCUCACAUCUUAGCGUGUCUCUACAAGACCCACCGCAUAUGGCCCCGGGCAGUAAAACUGUUACAGUUAAGAUGACCGGGAACUUCAUGAAGCCAAGUAUUGAUGGUCUACAGAGGUUGCUGAAAAUGCCGCACGGUUGUGGGGAACAAAAUAUGGUUGACUUUGCACCUGACGUUUACAUUGCUAAAUAUUUGAAAACGGUUGGACAGCUUACGAAGGAGGUAGAGGGAAAGGCUGUCCAGCAAGUGAAAUUCGGUUAUCAGAACGAACUAAGAAAUAUGCAUCGGGAUGGCUCAUUCAGUGCUUUUGGGAAAAGCGAUCUAUCUGGUAGUACAUGGUUAACUGCUUUCGUCCUGAAGUGUUUUGGUCAAGCACGCUCAAUAGUCAAAGUAGAUGACCAGGUUUUGUCAAGAUCUAUGGUAUGGCUUCUUGGGCAACAGGAUCAAGACGGCUCCUUCAGAGAACCUGGGACGUCAAUGAGAUGGGUUGACCAAUCAGGAACACAGACCGGUGUUUCUCACACAGCGUUCAUUUUGAUCGCGAUGCUCGAAAACAGAGGAUUUAAAUUAGUAGCAGAUUCCCGCUUGAAUAAUGCAAUCACAAAGGCAAUGCAUUAUUUGGAGGCCCAGAUCAACGGCCCACACGACAUGUAUACUGUUGCGGUGUUAUGUUACGCCAUUGCGAAAUCUGGCAGUAGCAUAAGUCCGUCAUGCUUUAACAAAUUACAAACUGGAGCUUUUAACCAAGGAGACAAAACAUAUUGGCAACAUUCGCGGAUGGUAAACAAACGGGCAAACUCGAGAAUGGCACCGUCACGUGCUCCAUCACGUGAUAUUGAAGCAACAUCUUACGCUCUCCUGACAUAUAGUGAACUUGGAAAACUGAAUGAGGGACGUAAGGUUGUCAACUGGCUUGUGUCACAGAGGAACCCGUCAGGCGGUUUUGCAUCGACUCAGGACACUGUUGUGUCGCUUCAAGCUUUGUCCGAGUUUGCAGCCCGUUUUCCAAUGGACCCGAGUUCAUUUCCCAACUACGGACUGCAUCUGAACACGACUGGAAAUAAUUUCGUGCAUGAAUAUCAGAUAACUCCGGCAACCUACGAUAUCAGUUAUAGUUUCGAGGUGCCGUCCAACGUACCGAGCAUAGACAUCUACACAACUGGUGAAGGAGUUGCGGUGAUUGACGUUACGACCUCGUACUAUAUCCAAAGCGAUCUGCAAGACCCGCGCAUCAGUAUUUCUGCAACCAUUAUAAAGGAAUCCCUCAACUCUCUCACUGUGCACAACUGCAUGCGUUGGACAGGACCGACGCCUAGCGGUAUGCUGCUUAUGGAAGUGGAAAGGCCAACUGGCUUCAUGACGGAUGUCGACAAACUCAACGUACAAACCACUAUCAAACGACAGGAAAGAAACGGCCGGUUUCAUGUUCUUUACUUUGAUAGUCUAGCGGUAAAUUCGCAAGUGUGUGUAGAUGUCAAAAUGGAUCGUUCGGACCCUGUUGUGAAAAGCCAAGCAUGUCAUGUGAUGGUAUAUGACUACUAUGAGCCAUCUUACCAAGCUGUUACAACCUACGAGUCAGGGAUUCUAAAAAGUACAACUAUUUGCCAAGUGUGCCCUUUGUGUGAAUGGUGCAAUGAGCUAUCCUUUCCGCAGAUUGGUGUUGGUCGGUAAAGCUCUACUCCAUUUGAUUGUUCGGUGUAAGAAAACUAAAUAAAAGUCCCAAAGUUG